GCCCGCCCGCUCGCUCGCUCGCCCGCCCGCGCCGGCCCGAGGCUUCCCCGCCCGCGCUCCGGGUCGGAGCCACUCCGGCGCGUGCGCGCGUGCUCUCGGGCCGACCCGAGUGGCCAGGUUCCCUGGGCUCCGAGGCCCCCGCCGCCCCGCGUCCGGGCUCCCGGCCAACUCGUCCCCUCCCUUUCCUCGCGGAAUGGGGCCGGCGCUGCUCGGGGUCGCGCGUCCCGGACCCGGCUCGCGCUCGGUCUCGCGCCGUCAGCCGCUGCCUGGCUCGCGCCGCCUUGCGCUCUCGCUCAGUCAGUGGCGCCGAAGGCUCCGUUAAGCGGCGGCCGCGGUUCCUGUUUCCGUUUUUCUCCUUCUCUGCCUCUUCGGUCGGGAGUAGCAUCCUCCGCCCCAGCCACCCCUCCCUCCCACUCUCCCGCCGCGGCCAGCUGCGGCUGAAGGCAGCGGCUGUGGGCGACGGGGGACGGCGCCGACCGCCUCGCUCCCGCCUCGGGUUGCUGUUCUGGCUGAGGCCAUCUAUGGCCCUGGUGGUGUUUUCAUUCAAGAUAAAGUCCUUUCCGUCUUUAUUUAUUAACUGAGCAAAUUCAGCUAAUAUUUUUUGAGGCCCAGAUUCAAGCAAUAAUACAUUUCUCUGUAAUACCAUGUGGUUUUCUUCAACAUCAUAAUUCUAUGGGAAGGAAGUGAUGGUAGCCCUGCAGCACCUUGUUCUCCUAUGUACCACCAUCUUCAAAGGCUGCUACUCAGCUGUGUGUCUCAAGAUGUAGCCUUAUGAGGACUGAUUGACCACGUGGGGAGUUUGGCAGCUGAGAUCUUUAGAGUCAUACACGGUCAUGUAGAAUCCGUGAAACACAGGACGUUAAAGCUUCCUGUCUGCAUCACCAGGAAGAUCUCUUUGUAAGAGUCACCACAGGAUCACCAGAGAGAGAUUAACCUGUCUGAAGCAUCAUGUGUUGAAACAGCAGAAACCUAUUUUCUUGUGUGGCUAACUAGAACCAGAGUACAAUGUUUCCAGUUCUUUGAGCUCCAGGAAGAUAGAGGACAGAGUUGAAACUCUGAAAAUGCGGGCAUGGACUGGUUCCUGGCGUUGGAUUAUGCUCAUUCUUUUUGCCUGGGGGACCUUGUUGUUUUAUAUAGGUGGUCAUUUGGUUCGAGAUAAUGACCACCCUGAUCACUCAAGCAGAGAACUCUCCAAGAUUCUUGCAAAACUUGAACGCUUAAAACAACAAAAUGAAGACUUGAGGCGAAUGGCUGAGUCUCUCCGAAUACCAGAAGGCCCCAUUGACCAGGGGACAGCUACAGGAAGAGUCCGUGUUUUAGAAGAACAGCUUGUUAAGGCCAAAGAACAGAUUGAAAAUUACAAGAAACAAGCCAGAAAUGGUCUGGGGAAGGAUCAUGAAAUAUUAAGAAGGAGGAUUGAAAAUGGAGCUAAAGAGCUCUGGUUUUUUCUACAAAGCGAACUGAAGAAAUUAAAGCAUUUAGAAGGAAAUGAACUCCAAAGACAUGCAGAUGAAAUUCUUUUGGAUUUAGGACAUCAUGAAAGGUCUAUUAUGACAGAUCUAUACUACCUCAGUCAAACAGAUGGAGCAGGAGAUUGGCGUGAAAAAGAGGCCAAAGAUCUGACAGAGCUGGUCCAGCGAAGAAUAACAUAUCUCCAGAAUCCUAAGGACUGCAGCAAAGCCAGGAAGCUGGUGUGUAACAUCAAUAAAGGCUGUGGCUAUGGUUGUCAACUCCAUCACGUGGUCUACUGUUUCAUGAUUGCUUAUGGCACCCAGCGAACACUCAUCUUGGAAUCUCAAAAUUGGCGAUAUGCUACUGGUGGAUGGGAGACUGUGUUUAGACCUGUGAGUGAGACAUGCACAGACAGAUCUGGCCUCUCCACUGGACAUUGGUCAGGUGAAGUGAAUGACAAAAACAUUCAAGUGGUCGAGCUCCCCAUCGUAGACAGCCUCCAUCCUCGGCCUCCUUACUUACCACUGGCUGUUCCAGAAGACCUUGCAGAUCGACUCCUAAGAGUCCAUGGUGACCCUGCAGUGUGGUGGGUGUCCCAGUUUGUCAAAUAUUUGAUUCGUCCACAACCUUGGCUAGAAAAGGAAAUAGAAGAAGCCACCAAGAAGCUUGGCUUCAAACAUCCAGUUAUUGGAGUCCAUGUCAGACGCACAGACAAAGUGGGAACAGAAGCAGCCUUCCACCCCAUCGAGGAGUACAUGGUACAUGUUGAAGAACAUUUUCAGCUUCUCGCACGCAGAAUGCAAGUGGAUAAAAAAAGAGUGUAUCUGGCUACUGAUGACCCUACUUUGUUAAAGGAGGCAAAGACAAAGUAUUCCAACUAUGAAUUUAUUAGUGAUAACUCUAUUUCUUGGUCAGCUGGGCUACACAAUCGGUAUACAGAAAAUUCACUUCGGGGUGUGAUCCUGGAUAUACACUUUCUCUCCCAGGCUGACUUCCUAGUGUGUACUUUUUCAUCACAGGUCUGCCGGGUUGCUUAUGAAAUCAUGCAAACCCUGCAUCCUGAUGCCUCUGCGAACUUCCAUUCUUUAGAUGACAUCUACUAUUUUGGAGGCCAAAAUGCCCACAAUCAGAUCGCCGUUUAUCCUCACAAACCUCGAACUGAAGAGGAAAUUCCAAUGGAACCUGGAGAUAUCAUUGGUGUGGCUGGAAACCAUUGGGAUGGUUAUUCUAAAGGUGUCAACAGAAAACUUGGAAAAACAGGCCUAUAUCCCUCUUACAAAGUCCGAGAGAAGAUAGAAACAGUCAAGUAUCCCACAUAUCCUGAAGCUGAAAAAUAGAGAUGAAGUAGAAGAGAUUAACAGCAGAACUCAGUUCAGACCAUCUUGGCCAAGCAGAAGACCCAGACUAACACGUGGUUCAUUGACAGACACGCUCCACACCAAGAGCAAGCGGGAUCCCUCAGAUGCUGCACUGGUGGAACGCCUCUUUAUGAAGGGCUGCGGUGCCCUCAAGCCCAUGCACAGUACAAUAAUGUACUCACACAUAACAUGCAAAUGGAUUAUUUUCUACUUUGCCCCUUUAAAUAUUAUGUCCCCAUUGAACAAACACUGCCACGUUGUGUAAUUUAAGUGACACAGACAUUUCGUGUGAGACUUAAAACAUGGUGCCUAUAUCUGAGAGACCUCUGACUUACCGAGAAGAUGUGAACAGCUCCCUUCCCUGGGGAGGCUGGUGGUGGUGUGGCCACUGAAUUCACUCCAGUCAACAGAUUCAGAAUGAGAAUGGAUGUUUUAUGGUUUAUAUGGUUGUCUGGAUUUUUUUUUUAAGGUAAUUUCAUCAGUUCAGUUUAUCCACCUCAUCAUUAAUAAAUGAAGGAUACAUCAAUAAAAUAAAAUGAAAUAUUCACUCUCCAUUAGGAAGUUUUGUAAAACAAUGCCAUGAACAAAUUCUUUAGUACUUAAUGUUUCUGGACAUUCUCUUUGAUAACAAAAAUAAAUUUUAAAAAGGAA